AUGCCGGUGGCGAGGAAGAUGAGGCGCGCGGCGGCGGGCGCGCCGGGGGUGGUGGAGCGGUUCGCCGGGAUGGGGUCGGCGCUGGCCGGCGUGAUGUUCCUGUGGAGCAUGCUCAGCCCGUUCCUGCCGCGCCAGCUGUUCGAGCUCUGCGUCGGCAGGUUCCUGCGGCGGCACGGGCGGCGCCUGGCCGGGCUCAUGGACCCCUACCUCACCGUCACCAUCAGCGAGCACGAAGGCGACCGGAUGAGGCUCGGCGACGUCUACGACCAGGCCAAGGCGUACCUCAGCCACCGGUGCGCGCGGCUGGCGCGGUCGCUGCGCGCGGAGCGCGCCGCCCGCGAGGGCGACCGGUUCUUGCUCACCAUGGGCGACGGCGAGGAGGUCUACGACGAGUUCCAGGGAGCCACCGUGUGGUGGCAGGCCGUGUCCUCCGGAGGCCGCCGCUACGAGCCGCCGUGGUACGGCGGCGGGGUCGUGCUCGACGACGACAGGCGCGCGUACCGGCUCAUGUUCCACCGGCGUCACCGCGACCUCGUCGUCGAGUCGUACCUCCCCCACGUCUGCCGCGAGGGCCGCGCCAUCAUGCUCCGCAACCGCGGCCGCAAGCUCUUCACCAACCUCGGCGGCGACCGGUACAGGAAGUCGGCGUGGAGCUACGUGGCGUUCGAGCACCCGUCGACGUUCGAGACGCUGGCCAUGGACCCGGCCAAGAAGAAGGAGAUCAUGGACGACCUCGACGCGUUCCGGAAGGGGAAGGACUACUACGCCCGCAUCGGCAAGGCGUGGAAGCGCGGCUACCUCCUGCACGGCCCGCCGGGAACCGGAAAGUCCACCAUGAUCGCCGCCAUGGCCAACUACCUCGACUACGACGUCUACGACGUCGAGCUCACGUCCGUCGCCACCAACACCGACCUCCGCCGGCUGUUCAUCGAGACCAAGGGCAAGUCCAUCAUCGUAAUCGAGGACAUCGACUGCUCCGUCGACCUCACCGGCAAGCGCAAGAAGAAGACGCCGACCUCCGCCGACCCCGACGAGGCGGCGCACAGAGCAAGCAAGGACGAGAGCGCCACCAAGGUGACGCUCUCCGGCCUGCUCAACGUCAUCGACGGGCUCUGGUCGGCGUGCGGCGGCGAGCGCAUCGUCGUCUUCACCACCAACCACGUUGACAAGCUCGACCCGGCGCUCAUCCGCCGCGGCCGCAUGGACAAGCACAUCGAGAUGUCCUACUGCUGCUUCGAGACCUUCAAGAUCCUGGCCAAGAACUACCUCGCCAUGGACGCCCACCACCUGUUCGACGACGUGGAGUCGCUCCUCCACGACGCCAAGAUCACCCCGGCCGACGUGGCCGAGCACCUGAUGCUCAAGUGCGCCGCCGCCGACGCCGACGAGGCCACCUGCCUCGCCAGCUUGGUAAAGGCGCUGGAGAAGAAGGCCGAGAAGGAGAAGAAUGCAUCGGAGGAGGAGGAGACGGUGGUGGAUGAGUAGGGAGCUUAGCUUAAUCGCGUAAUUAUCAGCCUUAUUAAUUAGUUAUUAACAACAAAUUUAGCUCUAUCAUCUGCCUGUCGUUUGCUAAUUGCUAUCACCUUGGAUAUCGUACUGUUAAUCUUGCCAUCACUCGCGUUACUCCGUUCGUUUUAAAAAUAUAUAUU